AGAAUCCUCGGGCAUGGUUUGGCUGGUUUAGUGCGGUGGUCCAACAGUUUGGAAUGAAGAUGAGUAAGUGUGAUCACUCAGUGUUUUAUAGAAAUUCUGAUAGUGGAGUAAUUCUGCUUGUAGUAUAUGUGUAUUGUAUUGUUAUCACAGGAAUUGACGUUGCUGGCAUUACAUUCCUAAAAGAAUUUCUCAAAACAUAGUUUUUAUACAAAGGAUUUGGGCUCCUUGAAAUAAUUUUUGGGCAUCAAAAUUAUGCGGUGUAAGAAAGACAUUUCUUAUCUCAAAUAAAAUAUGUUCUUGAUUUGUUGGCAAAAACAGAAAAAUUGGGUGCUAAGCCUUGUAGUGCACCAAUGACUCCUAAUCUUCAAUUUACCAUAGAAGAUAGUAAGCUAUUUGCAGAUCCUAAAAUGUAUAAAACAUUAGUUGGCAAGCUGAAUUAUUUGACGGUGACUCGUUCUGAUAUUGCAUAUUCAGUGAGUGUGGUAAGUCAGUUUAUGUUCUCCCCUACUGUUGCUUAGUGGAUGCUUUGGGACAGAUUCUUCACUACUUGAAAAGGGCCCCAGGAUGGGGCCUCUUCUAUGGUAACCAUGGACACUCAAAUAUUGAAUGCUUUUCUGAUACUGAUUGGGCAGGUUCGAAGGUUGAUAGGAGGUCAACCACUACAUAUUGUGUUUUUGUAGGAGGUAACCUGGUCUCAUGGAAAAGUAAGAAGCAAAACGUGGUCUCUCGUUCUAGUGCUGAAUCUGAAUAUCGAGUCAUGGCACAAGCCGUAUGUGAAGUCUUGUGAGUUGUCAACUGUUGGAAGAGGUUGGGCUCACAAAUUUGGUGCUUACUAAGUUGUGGUGUGAUAAUCAAGCAGCUAUUUACAUUGCCUCCAAUCCAGUAUUUCAUGAGAGGACUAAACACAUCGAGAUUGAUUGUCAUUUUGUUCGUGAGAAGGUUCAACAAAAGAUAAUCUCAACAAGACAUAUUUGAAUUGGAGAACAACUGGGAGAUAUCUUCACUGAAGCUCUAAAUGGGACUCGAGUUAAUUAUAUAUGUAACAAGUUGGGCAUGAUUAACUUCUAUGCUCAAUCUUGAGGGGAGUGUUAUAGGUUAUAGAAAAUAAAUAUGUUAAUAUAGGAAGUAAAGAUUGAUAGAUGUGUUAGUUACUUAAUCUUAGGGAUUGUAUGAUCAUAGACUUGAUUUUCUUUCCUUUCUAGAUACGGUCUCUAAUGUAUAAAUAUGCUGUGAUCUUUAUUGUAAUAGACAACAAAUAUUAUCUUUCUACACGGAGAAGCCACACACCGGGAAUCCAGUGACUGGAUCUUGAAUGAAGGCCAGUCGGUGGAAAGAAUCCUAUUGAGAUAGGUGGUGAAGAAGAGUGGUUGCUUUAGAUAGUGACCUUCAAAUGGCAGUAGGUGAAAUCUCAGAAGCAGCAAAGAAAAAAGUGAGGAAAAAAAUUAGGGUUUCUCAAGGGGAGCUCUGAUACCAUGUUUGAAGUUGAUGGAAAAAUGGCCGAUGUAUUGCGAGAGAAUGCUGAAGCCGUCUUUGCUGCUUGCGAUGCUGCUCAUGGAAGAUGGGCAAAACUUCUUGGGGUCCGUGCUCUUCUUCAUCCUAAGUUGAGAUUGCAGGAGUUUUUAGGCAUUUACAACAUCACUCAAGAGUUUAUUACUGCUACUGAGAAGAUAGGUGGCAGGUUGGGGUAUAGUAUUCGUGGAACACUACAAUCACAGGCCAAAGCAUUUGUUGAUUUCCAGCAUGAAAUGCGCAUGACAAAAAUUAAGGCAGUGCUUGAUCAAGAGACAUGGGUGGAAGUUGAUGUCCCUGAUGAGUUUCAGGCCAUUGUUGCCUCAUUUUUUUCUUAUGAGGCAUUGAUAUCUGGGGACAUUGAUGAUGCUCAAGGUAUCAUGACAAAAAGAUAUGGUGAAGUGGUCACAAACAAUGAUGGUUCAAUACUGGCUGACACUGAAGCACAAAAUGCUCCACAUCCACUUAUGAGGAUGGAUUCUGGUGAGAUAUCUUUACAGAGCACCACACAAGUGAAAUAUGCUCCUGUGGCUGAAGCAACAGAAAGCAAUAGAGCAGAUGUUACUUCAGCUCAGAGCAACAAUAAUAAUGCGAAGGAGCGUGGAAAGGGUGCCUCUCAAACGCUUGUAUGUGGAGGUGUUGGUUAUCACAUGGUAAACUGUGGCUUAAUAUUGCUGAAGAUGUUGUCAGAGUACAUUGAUAUGAAUAAUUUUUUGCCAGCACUGUCUUCAGAAGUUGUACAUCGUGUUGUGGAGAUAUUAAAAUUUUUUAAUACGAGGACUUGUCAACUUGUUCUUGGAGCUGGUGCCAUGCAGGUGUCUGGAUUGAAGUCUAUUACUUCUAAGCACUUAGCCCUUGCAAGUCAAGUCAUCAGUUUUACAUAUGCUAUUAUUCCUGAAAUCAGGCGAGUUCUUUUCCUUAAAGUACCUGAGAUAAGAAAGCCGUUGCUGCUCUCUGAGAUGGAUCGUGUAGCCCAGGAUUACAAGGUUCACCGAGAUGAAAUACAUACAAAGCUGGUUCAGAUAAUGAGAGAAAGGUUGUUGGUUCAUUUACGUGGAUUACCUCAAAUUGUUGAGAGCUGGAAUAGACCUGAAGAUGCUGACUCACAGCCUAGUCAAUUUGCUCGAUCUCUUAUAAAGGAAGUUGGAUACCUUCAACGUGUCUUAUCUCGAACUUUACACGAGGCAGAUGUUCAAGCAAUUUUUAGGCAAGUGGUUAUAAUUUUCCAUUCGCAAAUUUCUGAAACAUUUUCACGGUUAGAGAUCAGCACUCCGCAAGCAAAGGACAGGCUUCAUCGUGAUGUUAAACACAUUCUUGGAUGCAUUAGGUCAUUACCUACUGAUAACUUUAGCAAUUCUGGUACUCCUAACUGGGGGCAACUCGAUGAAUUCUUGAUACAAAAGUUUGGAGCUGAAACUGGUUAGAGAACUGUUGUCAAGUACCAAUCUGAUCGCUUUUUAAUGAGACUUUGAGGAAACAUAUAGAGAUCUCAGAACCAGUUCUCAGCUUAUACGUUUACGGUUUUCCUGUAGAAUAAAAUUGAGGUAUUAGUCAACGUGUUGGGGGUAACUGACAAUCAUCUCAAGGCAGAUUGUGGUGUUUAUUCUUACACUGAAAACUCCCCAUUCUGUGGAAGGCAAUGUCAAUUUUUACACAAUCAUACAAUCAUCAAUAGGAUGCCUUGAGCACAGUGGUUUAUAGUUUAUAUUUUAUUUUAAGGCAUAAGGAUUCUGGAGUAGCAUUGUGAAUCGUGAUGGACGACUGCUAAACGGAAGGAACGAGCAGGAAAUUGAUAGAAUCGUUGGAGCCUGUAUGCAAUGGAUGAAACUUGAUUGUUUGUGCUGUUGCUGCAUUUUCUUGUCCAAAAUUUGGAGAAAUACAAGGAGCGAUUGGCAUGUAGAACCAAUUAACUUGGGAAAGCAUUCAAAUAAAAUUCCAUGACAAAUAGAGGCUGAAAUGAGUUGACUAUCACUAUGAAUUACUUGCAUGUGACUGCAUGAAAAUGGUAGUUUAGGUUUUAAAAUAAAGCUGAUUUCUCUAUGUAAAUACUUGAGACUAAGUAAGCUUCCAUGUACUAUUGGUACUAUGCUCUUACUGGGUUUUCUCACUUAACUAAUUGAACUUCAUUGUAUGACUGGUACUAUGCUCUUCCCGGGUAAUCACAAUUCAAGACUAUUUAAAAGAAAA